AGGCUAUCCAAUAUUUUCCAGAGUCUUCUUCGUUUACUUAUUUGUGUGAAUCAUAUAUUCAUUUAGCACAUUGCAAAAUAUCUGCAAUAUUAUGGUAAUAUUUGAAUCAUGGCAGCCCAGGCAGAAAAUGGUAGCAUUUUUAUUGAACUCGUGGAUAACGAGGACAACUUUGAAUUAGAAACUCAAGUUUCAAACUCGACGAACAAUUUUACUGGAAUCCAAGACGCAGAUCCAACUUCCAGUAACAGUGAAGCAGACCAUGACCAGGUUUACGCUAUAAGCAACGCCGUCUCAAUCGUGUUUAUUAUAAUCGUGGUACUGGUAAUAUUCUUUUGGAGGAGAUACCAGAGAAAUAAGAAAAAGUUAAAAAAGUUGACAAAGGAGGAAGUUUCCAAGUUUCUAGAAGGUGAUAAUGUUGAUCCGUCCAUCGAUCCGGAAUCCAAUCAUCCAUUUUCGAUCCCUUACGACCGAAACUUUGAAAUUGACCUGAAUAGCGUGGAAAUAGAUCGAAACGUACUUCUUGGAUCUGGUGCUUACGGAUUAGUAUACAAGGGAAAAAUGUUGGAAACUAAUAUGCCAAUUGCCAUUAAAACCCUUAAACCGAAUGCCGAUAUUCUCUACUUUCGUUCACUCCUUUCCGAGCUCAAGGUCAUGACAUAUAUUGGGCAUGAAAACGAAAAUAUUGUGAAAUGUAUUGGGGCAUCAACGGCGGAGUUAACAUCCAGAAAAUUGUACAUCAUGGUCGAGUUUUGUGCACUUGGAAGUAUGGAAGCAUAUCUCAGAGAUCACAGAAACGAUUUCAAACAUUUGACUGGAAGACCAACUUCGAUGUGUUCCGACUAUCAGAACUUUCAGCAAAUGCCUGAUCCUUCCACUAAUGUGUCAAUUCAAUUAGAAGACAAGAAGACAACUUAUACGAAAUAUGUCAACUUUUCAAGGAACGGAGUGCCAUCUGAUAAAUUGACAGUCAUGGACUUGAAUAGAUUUGGUUUUGAAAUUUGCAAUGCAAUGGAAUACUUGUGGACAAAAAAGAUUGUGCACGGUGAUUUAGCCGCUCGCAACGUGUUGCUAUCCGAAUACCGACAAGUCAAGUUAACUGAUUUCGGCCUGUCCAGACAAAUGCUUAACUACAGCACUUACGUCAAGACAGCGACAAAACAGCUUGCCCUCCCCUGGAGGUGGCUCGCGAUAGAAACGAUGCAAAAGAGUAUUUUCUCUACAAAAUCUGAUUGUUGGGCCUUUGGUGUCACGCUAUGGGAAAUUUUCUCUCUUGCUCAAGUGCCCUAUCCCGGUCUUGCGUAUUCACAAGAUUUUAUCAAAAUGUUGGAGAAGGGACUAAGAAUGAACUCUCCGAGUGAUUUUACACCUCCAGAAAUAUAUAAAAUCAUGAUUGACACAUGGCAUGAAAAUCCAGACGAACGGCCAACAUUCACAGAAUUGAAAGAUACAUUGCUGGAAUUGUGUCUUACGUAAAGUUAGAUCUGCAUAAAAUGUUGUUAUCGUAUGUAUAACUAGUAAAUACAAAUAAAAAUCAUGAAGGUUGAUAUCAUGAAGUGACACAAAUGAAA